AUGGUUCCGCUGCUCAUCUGCCUGGUGUGCCUCAUGGGCGGGUGCAUGUGGUGGCUGUGCCGGCGCUGCCUGCACUCCGGCUCCACCGCUAGCAAGGACUGGCCGCCCGCCACCUACGACGAGUUUAAAGACGUCCCUAGAAUCUGCCGCAUCCUGCUGUCCGUCUACGAGGAGGAUAUCAACAGCCCGGUCUACAACGACCGUCUGGAGAUUAAUGACGUCGUGCGGCUCGCGGGGUACAAGGACACGCAGGGCCGGUGCCCGCCGUACGUGAUCUACGUGGACCACGCGGCGCGCGACAUCUGUCUCGCGGUGCGCGGGCUGAACAUGGCCAACUUCGCCGACUACCGCGUGCUGAUGGACAACCGCAUCGGCAAGCAGCGCUUCGACGGCGGCUACGUGCACCACGGGCUGCUCAAAUCCGCCGCGUGGCUGCUCGACCAGGAGAUGGAGACGCUCAACGCGCUCGCCGCGGAAAACCCGGAGUAUACGGUGACGCUCGCGGGGCACUCGCUGGGGAGCGGGAUUGUCGCGAUGAUGACGGUGAUUCUGCAUAAGAACCCCGACGAGGUGGGGUUUGAUAAUGCGCGGCUUCGCUGCUUCUGCAUCGCGCCCGCGCGGUCCACGUCGCUCAACCUCGCAAUUAAGUACGCUGACAUCAUCAACUCCGUCGUCUUGCAGGACGACUUCCUUCCGCGCACGUCAGCACCCAUCGAUAACAUCCUCGCGCUCUCCUUCUGUCUGCCAUGCAUGCUGUGCGUCAAGUGCUGCUGGGACUCGUGCGGGCUGUACAAGCGUCGCCUCAAGGACCCUCGCCGCCUCUACGCGCCCGGUCGCCUCUUCCACAUCCUCUACACCUCCGACUUCAGCUGCCAGGAGGAGGAGCCGCAGGUGAAGACCGCCGUACCGGUCGAAGACCGCUUUGAAAAGGUGGUGCUGUCCCGCACGGCCAUCGACGACCAUUCGAUCGUCAUCAUCGAGCGCCGAUCAACGGUGGCAGUGGAGUCUCUAGAGCUGCGGGAACAGGCGGAGCAGGAGGAGGAGAAGACACCCCCGGAGCAGCAGCGCAUGAAGCGCUCUUCAACCAUGAAGGAGCGCCAGCAGCAGUACGCCCAGGCGCUUGAGCGCGCCCUCACUCUCCACGUGCCCGAUGCCGCCGGCGCUGAGGAGAUUCGGCAGCUGGUGGCUGCUGCUGAGGCGCGGGAGGAGGGGGUGAGUGAUAGGGCGGUGCAGGGGCACAGGGCAGAUAAAACGGGCGAGAAGGGAGAUAAGGGGGACAAGGGGGAGAAGGUACAGGUGAAGGAGAAAUCAGAAACGAUUGCACCUUCGCCAACAGCCGCAGCAGCAGCAGCAGCAGCAGCAGGGGCAGUGGCAGUUGUUGCUGCUGUGGGGAUGGAAGGCGGCAAGGAGGCAGUGGGAGGUGAGAAAAAGGCGGAGAGGAAGAAGGAUGAGGACGAGACGAGCGAGAAGAGCGCCAAGAGCGAGACGCUGUCAGAGUUCUGGCAGAAGGAGCUGGAGGAGUUUCGGGAGAAGGAGAAACAAGCACUGCUGGAGGAAGAGCGGAAAGCCGAGGAGCGCGUGAGGCAGUUUGAGGAGCAGAGCCGUGCGGACAAGGCAGAGAAGGCGGAGAAGCGCCGAGCGGAGCAGACGGGAGGGGAGGAGGAGGAAGAAAAGGGCGAGGAGGCGGAGAGUCUAUCGGACUACUGGAGCAAGGAGCUGGCAGCGCUGCGGCGGCGCGAGGAGGUGGCGAUGGUGGAGAGGGAGGCGCAGGCGGCUGAGCGCAUCCGCGCGUUUGAGGAGAGGCAGAGGGUGGAGCGGGCGAGACGCGCCGAGGAGGGGGAGGCGGCCGAGCGGCUUUCGGAGUUCUGGGGAAGGGAGAUGGACGGGGAGAAGGGGGAGGGGGAGUGGGCGGAGAGGGAGGUGGAGGGCGAUGGGGAGGGGGCUGUAGCAGGGGGAGGAGGGGAUGUGGUGGUGGAGGUGGGUGAUGGGGCGGCGCGAGGCCCGGCAGAUGUGGCCAUCCAGGUGGAUGAAGGCACGGCGAUGCUACCCAAGACACCUCCACCUGCCACUGCCCCUGCCCCUGCCACUGCCACUGCCACUGCUGCACGUGCAGCUGGGGCUGGGGCCAAGGGCGAGAAGAGCGAGGCAGAGCGCGACGGGCAGCAGCACAGGCACGCACAGUUGGGGCGGGCUUUAACCACCGCACCGCAGCAGCAGCAGCAGCCGAGGGUGGAGGCUGCAGCAGCGCGGCAGCAGAUGGGGCGAGCGAUCACUGUAGGGUCAGGGCGAGAGGAGGAGGCAGCAGCAGCAGCGGGGCUGUCUGCAGGAGGGGCAGCGGCAAGGGGGGGGCUGUCUGCAGGGGAAGUGGGGGGGACGGGGGGGACCCUGUCAGUGAGGCAGAAGUGGGCGCGUAUAGUGGAUGAGUUGAUAGAUGCGGGGGAGGGGGAGGUGCAUGGGGGCACACGCGACGCCGCCGAGGCUCAGCUUCGGGAGGCGCAGAGGAUCGGUAAGGAGCAGUGGCACAAGGCUCGGGCGGCGUUCCUGUCUGGUGUGGGUGGCCUGUCGAAGAAGGCCGGGAUGAACAUUGAGAUCUGA